AUGGUUGUUCACAUCUUAGGGAAAGGUUUCAAAGGUAAAGAGGUCAUUAAAAUUGCGCUGGCUUCUAAAUUUUACGGUAUUGGUAGAACGACGGCUGAAAAGGUCUGUUCCAAACUAGGGUUUUAUCCAUGGAUGAGGAUGCAUCAACUAUCAGAACCCCAGAUCAUGAGUAUAGCAAGUGAACUAUCAACAAUGACUAUUGAAGGUGACGCUAGGGCGAUCGUGAAGGAGAACAUUGCUUUGAAGAGAAAAAUUGGAAGCUAUAGUGGUAUGAGGCAUACUUUACAUCUACCAGUCCGAGGCCAGCGUACAAGAAACAACGCAAAAACUGCAAGAAAGCUCAAUAAAAUUGAUAGGCGUGGACUUCAUACAUCUUCUCAGACAAAAGUACAACAUAGUCAUUCCCUCUGGUCGUAUAUUUUUGGCAAGUGA